AGACCCGGGCCCGUGGACGGGAGGAGCCGGCGUGCAGUGACCCUCUCCAAGGCCCUGCAGGACCGCCAUGGCUUAUGAUGACUCCGUGAAGAAAGAAGACUGCUUCGAUGGGGAUCACAGCCUCGAGGACAUAGGGCUUGCGGCCGGCCGGAGCCAGCGCGAGAAGAAGCGCUCUUACAAAGAUUUCCUCAGGGAAGAGGAAGAAAUCGCUGCUCAGGUCAGGAACUCUUCCAAGAAGAAGUUAAAGGAGAGCGAGCUCUACUUCCUGGGGACGGACGCGUACAAGAAGAAGCGAAAGCACUGCUCGGACGACGACUACUACUAUGGAGAUCUUUCGCCUUUGGAAUCAUCACAGAAGAAAAAGAAAAGGUCCAGCCCACCCUCCUCCUCCUCCUCCUCCUCUGCUGCCACCGCCGCCACCGACACGGCCAUGGACCUGUUGAAAGCCAUCACGUCCCCGCUGGCCCCAGGCGCCAAGCCGCUGGCCAGGAAGGUGGGGGAGAAGCCCCCCAGCACCCCCGGCCACUCGGACAGUCGGCGGGAGCACCACCGGAAGAAGAGCAGCGGCGGGGAGCCGCCCCCCGACGACGGGGCUGCCCACCGGUCCAAGAAGAUGAAGCCCCUCUACGUGAACACCGAGACCCUGACGCUGCGGGAGCCCGACGGGCUCAAGAUGAAGCUGAUCCUUUCGCCACAGGAGAAGGGCGGCGGCCCCGGGGACGAGGACCCUUUUCCCUACCCGACGGCGCCCCAGGCCGCCGCUGCCACCGCCGCCAAGAAGCCCCCCAAGAAGGCAGCCCGGGACGAGCCCGGGGGGCCGCUGCUCCUGGCACCGGAGCUGUCCAGCUUCCUGAAGGCGGCCCGCAGGAAGCACCGCUCGCCCUCGGACCCACACGCCUCGCCCGGCCCCGACGGCGGCGGCGGCUCCUCCUCGGCCUCCGAUGCCCCGCCGUUCCCCGAUGCCCACCGGGCCGACCUGGACCUCCCGGGGCUCGACCCCGGCCUGGCUGAGUCGGCGUCCUCCUCGGGCGCCGAGCUGGAGGCCGGCGAGCUGGUCAUCGACGACUCGUACCGGGAGAUCAAGAAGAAGAAGAAGUCCAAGAAGAGCAAAAAGAAAAAGGACAAGGACAAGGACAGGCACCGCGAGAGGCGGCACGCCAAGGCCAAGAGGAGCUUGGGACUUGCGACAGCAGGCGCCGCCGUACCCGCCCCUGUCAGCGAGGCCGCGCUGACCCCCGGGCCCCCUCCCAGCGCCCCCCGCCACCCCCCGCCGCCACCCCCGCCCCCUGGCCUCCACACAGAUGGACACAGCGAGAAGAAAAAGAAGAAGGAGGACAGAGAUCGAGACCGGGAGAGAGGAGAAAAGCCCAAAAAGAAGAACAUGUCCGCCUACCAGGUGUUCUGCAAGGAGUACCGCGUGAGCAUCGUGGCCGACCACCCGGGCAUCGAUUUUGGGGAGCUGAGUAAAAAAUUGGCUGAGGUGUGGAAGCAGCUACCAGAAAAGGACAAACUGAUCUGGAAGCAGAAAGCUCAGUAUCUCCAGCACAAGCAGAACAAAGCCGAAGCCACCACUGUGAAGAGGAAAGCGUCCGGCUCCGAGGGCGCGCUGCGCGGGAAAGCCUCUUCCGCAGGAGUGCUCUCGCCCCAGAAGAAAUCCCCGCCCACCACCAUGCUGUUACCUGCCUCACCCGCCAAAGCCCCUGAGACUGAGCCCAUUGAUGUCGCUGCUCACCUCCAGCUGUUGGGAGAAUCUCUGAGCCUCAUUGGCCACCGCCUGCAGGAAACGGAGGGCAUGGUCGCCGUGUCUGGCAGCCUGUCUGUGCUGCUGGACUCCAUCAUCUGUGCCCUCGGCCCCCUGGCGUGUCUCACCACUCAACUACCUGAAUUGAACGGCUGCCCCAAGCAGGUCUUGUCCAACACGCUCGACAACAUCGCGUACAUCAUGCCGGGACUGUGACGGGAGCCCGCCCCACCCAGUGCUGGUUUGUGUAUGUGACUGUUCCA